AUGCCAUUUGAUUCCGAAUAUUAUCUACCAGUGCCCAAACUGAGUAUCUCGCAGCGAAGAAGCAGCGAUGGCUAUUUGAACACCAAGGACUUUCUUUCGAAUAAUGAGGAUGUCAAAACAGCCGAAUACGAAAUGACAAGAAGAAGAGUGUCCGUUCUUGCCGAUAUCGAAAUCGAAGAUCAUUAUCAUCACCAACAGCAGCAGCAGCAGCAGCAGCAGCAGCAACGGAAUCCCGAACGACGCAGAAGCCGAUCGAUGGUCCGCGGCGGAAAACCGCUGAAACGUGCUUCCAGUCCACGACCGAUCGUCUUUCAGCAUCAUCCGCUAUCGAAAUGGCGAAAUGACGAAAGCACUUCGAUAUCUUCUGCGGAAUCCGCUUUAGAAGAAAUUCACGAACCGAAAAAGAAAGGAGCAAAGUUCGAAUGGCUUCGAAGAGAGCUCAAGCAUUUUAUUGAUGACGUCAUCGAUGCCUUCGAAUCAGGAGCUCCGUCGAUUCAGGAGUGCGAGCAAGACAACGACAAAUUGUCGGCGAUGCAGCUUCGAAAGGACAUCAAGAGAUUCUUUUCCGCUGUCACACCUUAUUUGGAAGUUUUCGCGGCGCUUUAUGAUUUGAUCAUGUGGAAGAAUCCGUUGUCGACGUUGCUCUUUGUUCUCGUCUUCGUGUAUUCGUUGUUCCGCGGAUGGACUGCAAGCUUGUUCUUCCUUCUACUCCUGUGCCAACUCUCCAUCAACUAUCUCUCAUAUGUCAAAAAUAUCGAUAUUGGAUUGAUGUUCCUGCCUCGCAAGCAGGUCGUUCUCCCAAAAUUCGACAUAAGCGGAGCCCAACUCAUUUUUGACAUCGCGAAACUCGCGCAGAAGCUUCUCCGAUUUGCGACAAAUAUUCUCGAAAAGCUUGAAAGUCUGCUCACCUGGAAAAGCAUUCGCGUCUCUCGCGUAUUCUAUUGUCUCGUCGUCUACUGGCUCGCCUGGACUGUUUUGUUCACAUUUGGCACCUGUGCCGGAUAUACCGUACUCGCUCUGGGGGUCCGCAUUUUCAUCACCACAUAUCUGUUCGAUCGAUUCCCGAGACUACGAAAACGAUUCGACACAUAUGGCUAUUUCUAUCGUAAUCUUCCAUUACGCUCGCCAAAUCUUCGAGUUGCAUCUCAUUCAAACAGCUCGCGAUCCGAGCCGCGAGAUGCCGACAAUGGAGAUCGUUGUUCUUCUCCGCCAAGCAAUAGCCGACGUUCAACAUUCCAUGGCGAGAAAUUCUCGUCGCGUCUCGGAAGCAAUUUCAAUUUGGAUCAAAGUGCAGCUGUUAGUCUUCUUCUCGGAAACCAACACAAGGCGAUCCAUUCGCCUUCGAAUUCUAUUGCUAUCGACGCUUCAAAAAAUAUUGAAGAGCAACUGAAUUCGUCGGAAAUCACCGAACCAUCGAGCACCGAUCGGUCUUCUCAACAUACGGCGACUUCAUUGAACGGAGACGUGAUCACGAUACAUUCGGAGCCGAGCAGCUCACGAUACCGAUCACACAGCUCCUCAAUAAGCGAUGAUGAAGAUGAUGAUGAGCAGAGUUUCUCGAGCCAUGCGGACCCUAUAAUUGACAAUGUUAUCGCAUUUAGAAGUUGUGUGAUGAACGAGAGGGAGAAGAUGUUCCCAAUGGGAAUUACGUCUGGAAUCCUCUACCUCACUGAUGCGGCUCUCGUGUUUCGUUCUCGACACACCGCCGACAAUAAGGACCAGAUAAUGAUGCUAUUUCAUGACAUCAAGUAUAUCAAAAAAGCGCAAUCGCUUCGCUCGAUGUCACUGAUCACCGGAACGCGGAAAAGCCUCGAAAUCGGCAUUGAAGGACGAAGAAAGCCUCUCUCAUUUAUCGGUCUUGCGAAGCGCGACGACUUCGUCACCAGGAUUCAGCUGAUGUGUCGAAACGCUGGAGCAACCGUCGAAUUCACCGAGUGA